GCAAAAAGACUACAGCAAAGACCCCCGGCAUGGGGCUGAGGUGACCUGCUGGUUCAUCCACAACAACGGGGAUGGGCUGAUCGACGGUGUUCACACUGACUAUAUCGUCCCCGACAUCUUCUGAGCCCCCAGCCAGCACACCAAUCCUCCCUUGGGACCAUGGCAGAGGAGGAGCCUGACCCGCUGCCCAGGCCACACCUCCCUGUCCAAGCUGGUCUCCUAUGUCGAAGCACUCAUGACUUCCAUUAAAGAGAGGCUAUGUCCAGCCCAGGCUGGCUGCUUUGCGGGAGGGGGGUGUGGCAGGGAGGCAACCCAAGAUGUUGCUUCUCAGAAGGGCUCAGGAGUCACAGCAGACCAGGAGGCUGGGCGGGAGCCGGCACCAACUCUGCCCCCACCCCACCCUGUUCUCUGCAGCUGCCUGGCCCCGUGCCCUCUGAGUGUCCUGGGUGUCCCGUGCACACAGCCUCCCCUACAGGUCCAGAGACCAAAGGACACUCUGGCAGCACGUAUAGGAACAACCCGUAACAGCUGCAGCUGCCCCAGUGCUUCCUGUAGCCAGGAACUGUUCUAAGUGCCUUUGUUGAAUUAAUUAAAUGUAUACUCUCAACAGCCCUGGGGGAUACUUUUAUCACGACUACUUUCAGCUGAGGUUAGGUAAUUUGUCCAAAAUCACUCCUCUUUUAAGUGGCGGAGCUGGGAUUUGAACCCAUGCUAUCUGGAGUCAGCAUCUAUGUGCUUAACCACCCCAUGUAAAUAUUCCCAUCAGGCUGGGUGGCUGAUGGCCAAAGCCUGCUGGGAUUUGGUUCUGGAUAUCCCAAAGUAUCACUUAACACGAACAUGUGAAAGAAAUACAUGAAAUAUAUAUGGACUUGGGGUCCUGAAGAAGUCCUGCCAGGAGCUGAGGGUCACCUAUUGGGGUCAGGGCCUCGGGAGGCAGUUCCCAGGCCUCCAUCCUCCACUGGAUUUCCCAGCUGGGGGUUUGGAACCUCUGAGAGCAGGCAUAUUUCCCCAAGGCAGAGACGGCCACUGCCCAGAAGCUGUGAUUUCAGGGGCCAGGAAUAGCAGUCCACUGACUCCUCACACUGAUGCCUGAUACCCCUUCAGAAUGCCUUCCCUGGGCCUUGUCUAGGGGCCCAGUUAAGAUGUGACGUUACAGGGUGUGUGGAGAUGAACUUGUGCUUUGGGGCGCCACUGGCCCUUUUGGCGAAGGUUGAUGGGCCUCCACCCACUCCUUUCCAAAGGGUUUCUGCUUUUUCUGGCUUCUGUCCAGUUCCCAUUCCAGAUGAGGCCCAUGGGGGCUCAGAUCAACAACACAAAUGCUGAGGUCCAGAGCUGCUCCAAGCCCAGGGACACAGAGCCCUGAGGGGCAGCUAGUGGAAUCUCAGAGCCCAGCCCACCGUCUGACGUAUCCUGGGCUUCUCAAGGGAGAGCCACGGGCUGCCAGCUGGCUGGUCACCCUCAGCAAAGUCUGCCCAACUGGGGCCUCCUUUUCCCAUCCUCUAGAGUGGAAAUGGGGUGGACCUGAAGAUUUCCUAGAUUCCUUUAAUUCGAAAUUCUGUAUGAUGACUCUGGGUCCCUCCAAGUCCCCAGCUGUCCCUCAGGGGCCUCUUGAGCAACCUCAGAAUUUCGUACUUUGAGUUGUCCCUCCCACAAAACUCCAAGUAUUGGGGGAUGAGGCGGUAGCCUGGAGGAGAGGGGCUGGGGAAAGCUCCUCAGGCGGCUGCAGGGCCGUGAGGAGGAGCCACUGGGCAAUGCUGGCAGGACAAUAGUUCUGCCACCCCUGCCACAGUCCCAAGAGCCCAGUAGUCAGCAACCAUAGAUGCUGAAGAUGACCUCAUGAACUAGACGUCCUGGGAGCUAGACUGCAGGGCCCUUCUCUCUGCUCCCAGGUGUCAGCCCUGAACUCGGUGCCCGCCAGCAGUGUGGGUCAGGGUUCGGGAGGCCUGAGGAGAGCAGGGACCCCCAGCCGGGCCUCAGCAGCUCCCUUUGUUGAUCCACUAUUGUUCUGCCGACUUUGCAGCUCUCUGUCGUUACUUCUGUGGCUCCUGUGACUUCCAGUCACUAGUCCACUCCUUCCUCGUGGCUUCUGCUGCCUCAGAGCUUCUGCUUUCUGUCUUCUCACUCUGUUUCUCUGCCCUCAGCAGUCAACUCUCUCUGUACAUCUCACAGUCAAGUACACUCUUGGCUUUCAGUCAAGACCAUGGUACAAUCCAUAAAUUAGCUGUCCUGUGCUCAGGCAUCCUCAUCAACACUGUUCACUAGUGUCCGAGUAGGAGGGUCACUGGGUCACUUUGCUCAGAAGAACAUGGGUAUGGCCGGCACAUGGUAGCCACUCUGGAAGGUCUAGGGGCUGGCAGGGCCCUGGGAUGGCCCAGAAGGACCCAGCCCCCACUAGGAGGGGAUAAGACCCUGCCUCUGAGGCUCCCAUUGUCCUGGAUAGCAGAACUCCAGGCUCACUGGAGACUUUCAGGAGAACGACUCUCCAAGAGGCCGAGGGCAGCUGAGUUCCUGGCCAGACUGGGAACACAGGGAUGAAUGUGACACAUGGCCUGGCCCUCCAGGUGCUCAGAGUCUAGAGAGAGUGAUCAGAUCCAAACCUGAGAACCUCAACCAAAGGUAACGACAGAAUGUAGGCCCUUUGGGAGCUUGGAGCCUGCAGCAGGGCUGUCUGUGGUCAGCUAGGGGACAAAAGAGGAAGACUUCUGAAGGAGGGACACAGGCUGGCAGAGAUAAGAGAUGUGAUGUGCAGAGAAGGGGGAGGUACGCCAGUGGGAAGAGAGUUAAGUUCAGAAAGCAAGUUGGAGCUGGACCACAGGACUUGGGAAUUGUCCUUUUCAAGGGGUCGCGGGAGACAGAGAGAGUAAUGAGCAAGGGGUCAGCCAUGGAGAUCUGAGCCUUAGACGGAUGGGUCUGGUUUGGUGCCCUGGCUGCCUCAAGAAGAGGGGGGUGACUGUGAUCCAGGAGGCCAGACCAGAGGCCACGUCUGCGGUGCGGCGACAAUGCUGAGAUGCCGUUUGUGACUCCCAUUGCCCCCUCCCAGGGGGUCUCGGGGCCCAUUUGCCAACACAGAGCUUCUGCUUUCUCCGGGGGCCUCCUUGUCCCACAGCCCCCGGGAGUGAAGUCCUAACACUGCUGACGAUACCCACCGGGCCUCCUUGGUACAGGCAGAUCCAGGCCCAUUACUCCACCCGUGUCCAGCUUCCCGGGGGAUCCUCCCGCCUCCCGCUCCUCCCGCCCACACUGCAGGUCGAUGACCCCACUUGGGAAACACUAGGCUUGCUCAUAUAAGGAGCCCAGGUGCCGCCAGUGUGCUCAGCGAUGGCGUCUGCUCGGUGGCCCUGCCUCAUCUUGGCUCUGCUCUCCGGUGUGGCGGUCUCUGGCUUCCCUAGAAGAUUAUGCCGGCUACUCGGGAAACGGAGCCUCCCGGAAGGGGUGGUCGAUGGCAUCGAAGUCUACGGCACCAAGGUCCACUGCAAAGUGACCUCCCGCUUCGCUCACAAUGUCGUCACCACCAGGGCCGUCAACCACGCAGACACUGCCAAGGAGGUUUCUUUCAAUGUGGAGCUGCCCAAGACAGCCUUCAUCACCAACUUCACCUUGACCAUUGAUGGUGUUACCUACCCUGGGAAUGUCAAAGAGAAGGAAGUUGCCAAGAAGCAGUAUGAAAAGGCCGUGUCCCAGGGCAAGACAGCUGGCUUGGUCAAGGCCUCUGGGAGGAAGCUGGAGAAAUUCACCGUCUCAGUCAAUGUGGCUGCAGGCAGCAAGGUCACCUUUGAGCUAACCUACGAGGAGCUGCUGAAGAGGCACAAGGGCAAGUACGAGAUGUACCUCAAGGUCCAGCCCAAGCAACUGGUCAAGCACUUUGAGAUCACAGCAGACAUCUUCGAGCCCCAGGGCAUCAGUACGCUGGAUGCUGAAGCCUCAUUCAUCACCAAUGACCUCUUGAGCAGCGCUCUCACCAAGUCCUUCUCAGGGAAAAAGGGCCACGUGUCCUUCAAGCCCAGCUUGGAUCAACAACGUUCAUGCCCAACGUGUACGGACUCCCUCCUCAAAGGAGAUUUUAUCAUCACCUAUGACGUGAACAGGGAGUCUCCAGCCAAUGUGCAGAUCGUCAAUGGCUACUUCGUGCACUUCUUUGCACCUCAAGGCCUUCCGGUGGUGCCCAAGAACGUGGUCUUCGUGAUUGACGUCAGUGGCUCCAUGCACGGUCGGAAAAUGGAGCAGACAAAGGAUGCCCUCCUCAAAAUUCUGGAGGAUGUGAAAGAGGAUGACUACCUGAAUUUCAUCCUGUUCAGUGGAGGUGUGACCACUUGGAAAGACACUUUAGUUCAAGCCACUCCUGAGAACAUCCAGGAGGCCAGGAAAUUUGUGAUGAAUAUUCGUGACCAAGGAAUGACCAACAUCAACGACGCGCUGCUGAAGGGCAUCAGUAUGCUGAACAAGGCCCGGGAGGAGUACAGAGUCCUGGAGAGGAGCACCUCCAUCGUCAUCAUGUUGACCGACGGGGACGCCAAUGUGGGUGAAAGCAGACCUGAAAAAAUCCAAGAGAAUGUGCGGAAUGCCAUUGGUGGCAAGUUCCCCUUAUAUAACCUGGGCUUUGGCAACAAUCUGAAUUAUAACUUCCUGGAGCGUAUGGCCCUGGAGAACCACGGGCUUGCCCGCCGCAUUUAUGAGGAUUCCGAUGCCAACGUGCAGUUGCAGGGCUUCUAUGAGGAGGUGGCCAACCCGCUGCUGACAGAUGUGGAGAUGGAGUACCCUGAGAACGCCAUCCUGGACCUCACCCAGAACAGUUACCAGCACUUCUACGACGGCUCUGAGAUUGUGGUGGCUGGGCGCCUGGCAGAUGAGGACAUGAACAGCUUUAAGGCGGAUGUGAAGGGCCACGGGGCCAUCAACGACCUGACAUUCACUGAGGAGCUGGACAUGAAGGAGAUGGAGAAGGCCCUGAAGGAGCGGGACUACAUUUUUGGGAACUACAUUGAGCGGCUCUGGGCCUACCUCACUAUCGAGCAGCUGCUGGAGAAAUGCAAGAAUGCCCAUGGCGAGGAGAAGGAGAACCUCACAGCCCAGGCCUUGGACCUGUCCCUCAAGUACCACUUCGUGACUCCACUGACCUCCAUGGUGGUGACCAAGCCUGAGGACAACGAGAACAAGACAGCCAUUGCCGACAAGCCUGGGGAAGGGCCUGUGGAUGCAGAAGUGAUCCCCUCCAUGGCUUACCUGACCAACUACCAGCCUCCCCAGACACCCUACUACGUGGAUGGGGACCCCCACUUCAUCAUCCAAGUUCCAGAGAAGGAUGAUGCCAUCUGCUUCAACAUUGACGAAGACCCAGGCACAGUGCUGCGCCUCAUUCAGGACCCUGUCACAGGCCUCACAGUUAACGGGCAGAUCAUUGGUGAGAAGAGAAGCAGCCUGGACUCCCAGACCAGAAAGACUUACUUUGGCAAGCUGGGCAUUGCCAAUGCUCAGAUGGACUUCCAGAUUGAGGUGACACCGGAGAGGAUCACCCUGUGGCAUGGGGCUGCACAGAGCACGUUCAGCUGGCUGGACACGGUCACGGUCACACAGGAUGGACUGUCUGUGACGAUCGACAAGAAGAACAUGGUGGUCUCCUUUGGAGAUGGGGUUACUUUUGUGGUUGUCUUGCAUCAGGUGUGGAAGAAACAGCCCAUCCACCAUGACUUCCUGGGCUUCUAUGUGGUGGACAGUCAUCGGAUGUCAGCACAGACACAUGGGCUGCUGGGACAAUUCUUCCACCCCUUUGACUUUAAAGUGUCUGACGUCCACCCAGGCUCUGACCCCACAAAGCCAGAUGCCACAAUGGUGGUGAAGAACCAUCGGCUGACAGUUACCCGGGGCUCCCAGAAGGACUACAGGAAGGACGUCAGCGUUGGCACAAAAGUUGCCUGCUGGUUCGUCCACAACAAUGGGCAAGGGCUGAUUGACGGCGUCCACAGCGACUACAUUGUCCCCAGCCUGUUCUGAGUGGACAUGCCAGCUCCUACUG